GGCCUCCUGUCUAAACCUACGCCAGCUCCCUUGCCUAAAAGAGUUAUAGAAAAUGAUAAAUGAGACGGCAAGCCCCCUUUUUUAGACCUGUCAUGAGUAGGGAAAAGGCGCAGAUUGCAGCACCACAAUCUGCAACAUAUGUACACCAAAAAGUGGUAUAUAUAUGUUAGUAAAUGACCCCCUUUAUUUUUUAUUUUACGUUUCUCUGUGAAAACGAUAAUUAAUUACAGUAUAUUACCAAUAUCAAAGAAAACCUCUUUAAUACUACAAGUCUUUGCAGACUUUGUGGGAAUAAUUGCUAGAGAGGACAAAUGCACCUUCAUUUCUGAUUUCUAUGUUUUCUUACUUUUACUCCAUAGGUAAUAAGUACCUGACAGAAGGAUACACCAUGUCAGAGGCAAAUUUAAUUGAUGGACUGAUAAUGACUACCAAUAUGACCCCUACAAACGUCACGAAGGACCACACCACUGGAUCCAGUCUUGGCAUUGCAAUCCUCUCUAUUGCCUUUUCCAUUGGCUUUCCAGGAAAUGCCUUUGUCAUCUGGACUGUGUUGGCCUGUAUGAAGAAGCGGACUGUUGCCUGCAUUCUCAUUUUACAUUUAGCUGUUGCAGACAUCAUUGUCAUCCUCACAGCACCAGUGUUUAUCCAUUUUCUAGCUACGGGUACAUGGGCAUUUGGGAAUAUUAUCUGCAAGUUGUGCCAUUACAUCAGUUGUUUGAGUAUGUAUGCCAGCAUCCUCCUCAUCACCUCAAUGAGUAUAGACCGAUUUCUUGCUGUCUCAAAACCAAUAGCUUUUCUAACCAUAAGAACUAAACCAGCUGUUAGCAAUAUGGUUUUUGUAAUAUGGUUGAUAGCAUCUCUCUUAGCCAUUCCCAUGCCACUCUACCGGGAAGUAAUUCCCUUUAAACAUAAGAUGCUGUGCAUACCUUUUCAUAGUUCUACAGGACAUGUGAUCUUUCAAUAUCUUUUUGAGCUGAUGACAGGUUUUGUAUUUCCAUUCACAAUCAUAAUAUCCUGCUAUGUCUACAUUGGACUUAGGUUACGUACUGCAAAGUUUCAAACCAAACAUAGGACAAGUAAUUUGGUCAUCAUGAUUGUAGUUACUUUUGCCCUCUUCUGGCUGCCAUACCAAGUUGUGAAUAUAAUGCAAGUGUCAGGAGAACUAUUUUCAUCAGAAAAACUUAAAGUAGCAGCUAAAAGCGCAAGGGCUAAUGCUACAGCUUUUGCAUUUUUUAGUAGCAGUGUUAACCCUAUUUUAUAUGUAUUUGCUGGUGGCAACUUUAUAAAAACUGCUGGAGCAGAAUUCAUGGCCAGGCUCUUUGAAGGUGUUGGCUCUGAUUCCAAUAAUUUUCGCAAAGUCCCCCAUAUGUUCUCGCAGAAGAGUCAAGGUGAGUUAAUGGAAUUGGACAAUGUGAACAAAUGAAGUUUUUGAUCUGCUUAGAUGAGUGUCAAUAAUUAUUUUAGGUGCUAUAGGUGCAAAGUCGUGUGUUUAAAGCUACUUGUAUGAUGGAGUGUAAAAUGCAUUUCAGGUACUAUAUGUUACUGAAUGCAACAGAACUGCCUCGUUAUGAAGUGAUGUAAUGCGAAUAUACUAUUGAGGCUCAGCUGAAUUUUGAAUAAAUGUAACAUAGAUAACACUAGAGAAUAGGGCCAUCACACCAUUUCCCUUUAAUUUUACUGACCUGGAUUAAAAUGUCCUGUGAUUUCAGUAAAAAAACUUAUUUUUUUGUGUCCAUGCAGGAUUUUUACAAAUGAUUGCUUGUGAUAUUUUUCAAUAUCUGUUUAUUUUUUAUGUUUAAGUUAAAUAAAUCUUAGUCGUAUCCACAUAAAGCCAAGGGCACAGAGCCUUACAGUAGAACUGCAUUAUGGUUUCAUAACCACUCCAUGUGCUGCGGUAUGGUUCUUCUGCAAAGCUCUACAUUCUCUCCUAGAAGUAAUGCUACUAGGGAAACAUACUUCUGUAAUAUUGGAAUGUGAUGAAACUUGGCUUGAUUGUUUUAUUAGAAAUCUAUGAGCUCAUACUCUACCUCCGAUUGCCUCUAGAUUGCAUAUUGAGGCACAAAUAAGUUAUUUCUUAUUAAGAAUUUUUAAGAUGGCCAUGUGGAUAGAUCCUUAUUUUUUGUAAAAUACAAUUUAUCAUAUACAGCAUAUACACAAAUCAUACAAGUCAGGGCUCUGGCUGGCCCACUCAAGGACAUUCACAGAGUUGACCCUAAGCUAUUCCCCUGUUGUCUUGGCUGUGUUCUUAGGGCCAUUGUGUUGUUGGAGGGUGAACCUUUGGCCCAGUCAGAGGUCCAGAGCACUCUGGACCAGAUUUUAUUAAGGAUAUCUCUGUAAUUUGCUCCAUUCAGAUUUACCUCAACCCUCACCAGUAUUUUUGU